ACUAUCGAUACAAGUAUAUAAUCGAAUGUAUCCUCGCUGAUUUAUGUUGCAACAGUGCGAUAGAUUUUAGAAAAGUUAAAUUAUAAAAAUGUUUGCGAGGCUUACAACGAGUAUAAGCUGCUCAAAGCAGUUUACUGGUCAUCUGAUCAGAGCAGCUGGACUUAAGUACUUUGGUCCGCAGAAAAAAUCCGAUUAUAUUGAGAAAGUGGAACGGCCGAAAUUGCGGGUCAUGGAGAGGGUUCCACAAUAUCCGCCUAACCUGCGGCCACCAAAAAUGCAAAAGCGUUUAAAAUUUAUGAGAGGGCCUGAAAUAGUACAUAGUGAUUUUAUUCACAAACAAUAUGGUAUUGUUGCCGAGAGUGGUGGUCGCUUAAGAUGGGGUCACUUCGAAAUGUUACGUCUUACAAUCGGUCGAAAGAUGGACGUUAACAGAAUGUUUGCCACAUGGAGGGUACCAUCCCCUUGGCAACCUGUUACAAAAAAGGGCCAAGGUCAGCGAAUGGGGGGUGGAAAAGGUGCUAUCGACUAUUACGUCACUCCCAUCAAAAAAGGACGUGUUAUUCUUGAAAUCGCUGGUAAUUGCGAGUUUGCAGAAGUAAAACCCUUUUUAGAAUUAGUAGCAAAUCAAUUACCAUUCAAAGCAAAAGUGGUGUCACAUGAAAUGCUAACUUCUUCAAAAUCCAUGGAAAGUGAGAACCUAUAUAUGAAAUACAUUAUACAAAAUAACUUAAAUGGUUGUCAUAGAUGGCUAUCACCCGUCGAUCAUAAGUGGUUUGGGAAGUAUAUUUAGUUUAUUAAAUUUUCUGUUUCUUAUUUUUGAAAUGAAUAUUAUAAAAAAUAAACUAGAUUUAAUAUGUUGUAAA